AUGUCAGGCUUUCGACGGCACAGAGCAGCAAUAGACUCGGUACUCGAUCUAAUCACUUCUGUGGAAGACGCAAAGGUGCGCAAGAAGACUGUGCUGGCUGCCUUCCUCGAUGUUAGACGGGCGUACGAUACUGUCAGCCACGCUUCUGUCCUCCAUGGCCUUGUUGAUGCCGCCCUGCCUUUCAGAGCUCUCUCAUGGCUUACUGAUUUCCUUCAUGGACGGGAACUGUUCGUCCGCACAAGCCAGGGGGAUACAGACUUUGUCAAGCUGACCCAUGGGGUUCCCCAGGGGAGUGUUCUGAGCCCCAUCUUAUUCAACAUUGUUAUGGCUGGCCUUCGAGGUUGCGUCGGUAGGAAAGUGGCUAUCUCCAUCUAUGCUGAUGACAUUUGUAUCUGGACCACCGGUAAAUCAUGCCCUGCCCUCCAGCGACGCCUCCAACUCGCUCUCGAUGCUAUCCAGCAGUACCUGUCCCUGGCGGGCUUAGACAUAUCGACGGAAAAGACAGUAGUAAUUCCUUUUACAAGGCGCAACAUGAGGCCCUUCCAGCUUUCCGUGGCAGGCAUACCGUUGAAGCACGUGUCUCACCAUAGGUUCCUCGGUCUCACUGUUGAUGCUAGGCUCUCCUGGCGGAGGCAUAUUGCAAGCUUGGAGAUCAAGAUCCACCGGUGGAUUGCAGUGAUCCGUCGCUUGGCAGGCAUGAGAUGGGGCAGUGACACGAGCUCUCUGUUGGCCGUCCACAGGGCUUUGGUUCGAGGGUCCCUCGUGUAUAGUUUGCCGGUGCUUAAUGGCCUGCCGACAUCUUCUGAUCAUAAGCUGCAGUGCCUCCUGGCGCGAAGCCUCCCAAAAGCAAUUCUGAGCACGCUGAACCCCGAUAGAGACCCUUGCGAGGACUUCUACGAGUUCGUAUGCACGGGAUGGAAGAAGGAUAACCCUCUUAACGGAGCCCCUGCAAACAGCGUCAUUCUAAAGACUACGGUUGCUGUAUUCGAGGAUCUCCGUGGCCUCCUUAAGAAGAAUAUUCUGGAGCAUGACAUCUUCUGGAACGUUCGAGAAUCAUACAGGUCCUGCACAAACAAGCGCGUCUGGCCAGAAGAAGAAGCCUACGCUUUCCAGAGUAUCCUCAAGCGCGCAGGGAUAUCGAGUUGGCCGCUGUGGCCACCUACUGAAGAAGGAUCCGACUGGCAACACCUAUACCGGUCAUCGAGGAUAGGGCUCAACUUAGAUGACCUCGAGACAUUGGAACAAGUUAACCUCUUCCAUCUCUUUAUCACAAGGGAUCUGCGGUCGCCUACGAAGCAUGCUGCUUUUUUGUUUCUGUCCCCACGGGAAACAGAAGAGAUCCAAGCUGCCUUUCCUUCAACCAAGGUCGAUGUCAAAGGCGCGAUACAGACCUUAAACAAGACAAUUUCAGAAGAGGAAGCUGAGGCAGCAGCUGAAGAGAUCAUUGGCUUCGAAACUGGGCUAUCAAUGUUAUUCGGAACAGCGGAAAGGCAAAAAAGAGACAACGAACUCCUGGAAUCAAGCAAAGAUGAUGCUGUGUCACAUAAUGACCUAAUUGCCAUUCUGAAAUCCAAGACCAGGAUUGGAGUUACUCACUUCAGUGCCAAGGUUCACAAGAAACUCCGUCAGAUGUACCAAGAUGGUGAUGUUGCUCCAGUGUCAAUCAAACAACUGCAAGGAAUUCUUCCACAGGUGCAAUGGGCUUCCUUCCUGAACAGCAUCUUCAGUGAGGCCAAUAUCACAGUACAUGAUGAUGAAGAAAUAUUUUACGUUGCUGUGGCUCAAUUCGAGCGCCUACUGAGUUAUCUUGCGUCGCAUAAGAGGAGCACUAUUCAAAACUAUUUUGGGUGGAGGAUUGUUGUCAGCUUCAAAGAAUUUGCGUCGCGGUCACUUAACUUGACGGCAGACCGACUACCGAGGUGGAUUGCAUGUAUCAUGGACCUUUCUACUCAAGCUUCGAUGAUUUUGGCCAGGCUAUACGUGGAUCAUUUUUUUACACCUCAGGACAGGGAACAGCUCAGGAGCCUCGUGCAGGGCGUCAGGAAAGCGGUCCGGGUGAUGAUUGAAGAUGCAUCUUGGUUGGACGACAGCACAAGAAAAAAGGCAUUGGAAAAUGUUGACAAGAUGGUGGCGAAGGUUGGGUAUCCUGAUUGGUUGAAAAACAAUACCCACUUGAAACAGCUUUAUAACAAGGUUGGUUGGGUGAGCAAACAUACCCCGUAUUCCGUGAUACGUGCAAGAUACCUCAACAAUGAUGCUGUUCAUGACCUGAAGAAAAUCCGGAGGGCAUUCGACAGAAAUGAAGGGUACCCAAUGCCUCUGGUAACCACCAAUGCAGCUCACAUACUAAAAGAAAAUGCAAUAGAAAUUACGCCAGCAAUAGCCCGUGGUUUGCUGUACGAGGAAGGGCUCCCCGUUUCCGUCAACUUUGGGGCGAUUGGAUUUACUAUCGGUCAUGAAAUUACACACGGCUAUGACACUCUGGGGAGGGAAUACGAUGCUACUGGAAUACCGGUGAACUGGUGGAGCCCCGAAACGGAUGCUGAAUACAAGAAAAAAGCUCAGUGUUUUGUUGACAUGUACAACAACAUAACUGAUCCCACAACAGGCUUCAAGCUGAAUGGAGAGAACACGGUAGCGGAGAAUAUAGCUGACAACGGUGGAGUCAAUGCCGCCUUCAAGGCGUAUCGUGAAAAAAUUAAAGAUGCAGGAAAGUUGGAGGAUGACGCAUUGCCCGGCCUUACCCACUUGUCUGGCGACCAGUUGUUCUUCAUUUCACAAGCACUGGCUUGGUGCGGAAGCACUACCAAGGAGCAUUUCGCGAGCCAGCUGGCCAAUGAUCCGCAUUCUCCUGAGAAGUAUAGGGUGAACCCUCCACUUGCAAAUAUGAAGGAGUUCGCGGAUGCGUUUCAAUGCGAUGCUAAUUCGCCAAUGGUUCAGAAGCACAAAUGCCUACUGUGGUAGAAAUAUGUGCCAAUAGGCACGCCAUAUCUUGGAUAAUAAAACCAACAUGUGAACCUUA